AUGCCUCGUCCUGAAAGCAAAAGUCGUGCUCGUCAUUCUCAACGGCAACGGUUGACCAAUCUAUCCCGAUCCACGUCUCGUUCGGUUUCAAAGGAGAACGAAACGAGUGAAAGUUCCAUAAAAACUUCGUUUUUAACUUCUACACCAGUGUCAUCAACAGUUGCAAACACCAUGUUCAAUGCAACAAUAUUAUCACCGAUUUCAUCAAAUUUACAAAUAUCAUUGAAGUCACAAGAAUAUUCAAUGUCAAUUUCUCCACCGAUGACACGUUCUUCAUCGACAAAACAAAAAACAAACGAACAAUUCGUAGGGCCAUCGUCGAAAAAGAUUCAAACUUAUGCACAACAAUCGCAGCUUGUGCAGGACAACGAUGAACAUGACUUCUACCAAGUGAUACACAAUAGCUUUCUACUAGAAUUAAUGCGAAAUACAAUUUGUCAAUCAUGUUUUCACAACUGGAAUGGUAUAAUGCGUUUGACAAAACGAGAAGGAUUAUAUUGUUCGACGGAAUUUGAAUGUCAAUGCUCUAACAUAGUUCGAUGCAAUUCGUCUUCUCAAAGUACAAGUACAAGAUAUCGAGAUAUUAAUAUUCGUUCUGUUCUUGCAGCUAAUUUAUCUGGCGUUGGCUAUGCUGGACUAACAAAGAUUUGUGGUGCUUUAAACAUACCUCCUCCAAUUGAAGAAGAAUACUUUGUGAAGUUAAUGGAAGAUAUCGUACCUAUUGUACAGCAACACCAACAAGAAUCAAUGAAAAAUGCUGUUGACGAAGCUUGUCAAAUAGCUGGUUCUCGAAAUUUGACUGUUUCAGGCGAUGGAAGUUGGCAGAAACGCGGCUUUGCUAGUCUCAAUGGUGUAGCAGCUGUUCUUUCGAGUUGUGUAACUCCAAAGGUGUUGGAUAUCGAACGAAUGUCAAAGAAAUGCACGGUUUGUGAUGGUGCGUUAAGUAUAAAGGAGAAAAGCAGACAACAAUAUGAAGAAAUAAUUAGCAACCACAAUUGCCAAAUUAAUUUCAAAGGAUCUUCUGGAGCGAUGGAAGUUGAUGGUAUUCAUCGGUUAUUUACACGUUCUAUUUCAUUGUAUAAUGUUAAAUAUGUCAAUUACAUUGGUGAUGGUGAUACUAAGACGAUGGUAAAACUAACGGACGAACCACCAUAUCCAGAUAUAGUUGUGCAAAAAAUCGAAGACAUUAAUCAUUGGUGCAAGAAGAUGAAACAUAGAUUAGAAAAGAUAAAAAAUGAAAUGAAAACCGUUGUUAUCGAUGGGAAGAAGGGGAUAUCUGGUGCAGGGAGAAUGACGGAAAACAUGAUUAUCAAUUUCAAGUAUUAUUACCGACAAGCAAUAGUCAGAAAUAAAACAAAUCUGGAAGAAAUGGUCAAAUCAGUGUGGGCAAUUUUUAAGCAUAAAGCUUCAACGAAUAAUGAACCUCAUCAUGAAUGGUGCGAUCCAAUAUAUUGCGGGUAUUUGAGAGCAUUGCUAGAAGGGAAGGAGUAUGAUCAUACUCCCCAUAGUCUAUCUCAUGGAGUAAUGAAGGCUAUACGGCCGGUGUUCGAAGAAUCAGCUUCUCCUGAUGUUCUGAAAAAAGUUCUGCAUGGUUCGUCUCAAAAUCCGAACGAAUCAUUUCAUUCGGUAUUAUGGAGUAUGGCUCCGAAGAGACGUUACUCAUCCGGUACCAUCUUGGACUUAUGUGUUGCUCUUUCGGUAGCAGUUUUUAACGAUGGUUAUCAAAGUCUACAAAAACUUUUAGAGAAUUUAUGUGGUGAAUGCUAA